AUGUCGAAUCCAGCAACUGUUUCCAGAGUUUAUAUUGGUGUAGUUGAGGAUGUUGUUAGUAAGAUGAGAGAGGAGUUUAAUAAUAAAGGUGUCGAUGAGUCUGUUCUCAAUGACCUUCAAGCGUUAUGGAAGUUAAAAUUGAUGCAAACUGGGGUUAUACGACCAGGUCAACCUGAUCAUCAUAGCGCCCCAAGAGGACCGGGUAGUGUUCCAACCCCUGUACAUGAUCUGAACGCACCUUUUGAAUCUACUUUUAAUGUUCAAGAUAAAUCUGCAGCGGAAAAUCAGAGGCCUCUUGGUGUUGAUGUCAUUGUUGCACAGGAGGAAGUCAGGGAAGAGGGACAAAAAUUUCCAUCGCAGCCCCCCGGUACCCCGACCAACGAUUUCUGCUUCUUGCCUCCAUGGAAAAGGUCAAAGGUUGAUCGUCUUCCAAGGAAAAGCACAUCAGAUGAGGGAAACCCUAAGCUAGGAAAACCAGAAGGAGAAGAGGAUGAGGAGUUGAAUGAAGAUGAUGACUUAUUGGAUGAUCUGGACCAGGAAUAUAUUGAUGAACCUCGCUUUAAUCAAUUGGUAUUGUCUCAGUUUGUAAGUGUAAGUACACAAGUCAAUACAAAGAAGAACAAAUGGAAAUGUGUGCUCAAGAAUGGCAUGGUGCACUUGAAAAACAACAGAGAUAUAUUGUUUACAGAGGCUAAGGGAGAAUUUGAUUUCUGA